CUUGGCUGAGGUAUUCUCCCCACUUUCCUCUUGCAUGAGCUGGUUGCAGAGAAGCAAUGGCUUCCCUAUGUUUCAAUUCCUUACCUUUACCACCUUCUCAGCCUCGCAAGCUAGCAGAAGCUCCUCUUAAUGGAGGCCUAAAGCCGAUAGUCAUCAAUGGAGAUCCUCCCACUUUUGUAUCGGCUCCUGGUCGCCGAAUUGUAGCUGUUGGCGACUUGCAUGGAGAUCUUGUACAGGCAAGAUGUGCACUUGAGACAGCUGGAGUUUUAAGCUCUAACGGUCAAGACUUGUGGAUUGGUGGAGAGACGGUAUUGAUUCAACUUGGAGAUAUUUUUGAUCGGGGUGAAGAUGAAAUAGCUAUUUUGUCCUUACUACAGUCAUUGAAUAUUCAGGCAAAGGAAAACGGUGGAGCAGUCUUUCAGGUAAAUGGAAACCAUGAGACCAUGAACGUAGAAGGGGAUUUCAGAUAUGUUGAACCUGGGGCAUUUGAUGAGUGUAUUGACUUCCUGGAGUACCUGGACGAAGAUGAAGAUAGCUGGGAUGAAGCUUUUGUUAAUUGGAUUGCAGUGUCAGAAGGAUGGAAAGGAGACAGUAUGUCCCCAAAUCAUUGGGCUCCAUGGAAUCUAGUGAAGAGGCAAAAAGGGGUGAUCGCAAGAUCGAUCCUCCUAAGACCAGGGGGUUUAUUGGCAUGUGAGUUGGCACGGCAUCCUGUUGUGCUCAAGGUUGAUGAUUGGGUUUUCUGUCAUGGUGGUCUUCUUCCUCAUCAUGUUGAAUAUGGGAUAGAGAGGAUGAACAAGGAGGUGUCUGAUUGGAUGAGAGGUCUAAAUGAGCUGAAGAGUAGUCCUCAACUCCCUUUCAUAGCCACUCGAGGUUAUGAUAGUGUUGUUUGGAACCGCUUGUAUUCAAGAGAUGCUGCAGAUCUGGCGGACUACCCAAGUCACCAGAUUUCCUCCAUUCUCAAGGAGACAUUACAAGCAGUGGGUGCUAAGGCGAUGGUUGUGGGGCACACCCCUCAGACUGUAGGAAUAAAUUGUAAAUACAAUUGUAACAUAUGGCGAAUUGAUGUGGGCAUGUCCAGAGGAGUGCUCAAUUCAAGACCUGAGGUUCUAGAAAUAGUAGACAAUAAAGCGAGAGUAUUGAGAAGCAGAAGUGACAUUUUUGGUGAACUUGAGGUCGUUGAUUGCACCUGAAGAAGCAUAUAGAAGAUGAGAACAGAGGUGUGAAUCACAGAGAUCCAUGAGCUAUUUAACGAUUCUGAGAUCAGAUCAGUGCGAGCAAUACCUAUGUCAAGAAUUGUGUUGGUCUUCUUCGUUUCUAUUGUAUUAGUGUGUUUUUUCUUUUGUUUGAACUUCUAAUUUCCAUGAUGUAAUUGUUAGAGGUAGAAAAGGCUUAUCUAAUACUACAAUUAAUUUGUCUGAGACCACAUUUUAUGCUUUUUAGCCUUUCAUUGUCAGGCUAGCCCAUUGGAUUUAUGCUGAAUUGUGUUGCAGGGAAAACUAUGUUGGUCUUCAAAUUCAAAGCCUCAUGAUUGAGCAUUAGCGAGUGGUGAAUUGUAUAUUGAUCACCUAAAGUAAAUGCGGGAUACAGGUAUCUGGCGACUAAGAAGCAAAACAAAUUUCAUUCUGCUGAUCAAUCAGAUACAGUAGUGAAGCAACAGUAGUUGGUUGUUCGCCAUGAAAAUACGGAUUAAGACUUUGAUCUGGUGAUCUUGCAUGAUAUGGGAGGAAAUUGGUUGAAUCACAAGGGGGGAGAUUGCUUCAUUUUAAUAUUCUUUCGUGGGCUUUGUACAUUAAAUCAUGUAGCAGAUGAUGAAUAUGUAUAUAGAUCAAGUGAAAAUAUUCUUUUUUUUUUUUGGUAGCUUGUGCAA